CGCCCGCCUUCCGAUCCGUCCCCUCCCGCUGCCGCCGCCGGGAUGCUGUGGCUGCUGGUGGCGCUGGGGCUGGCGGCCGCCUACUUCUCCCUGCUGGACGGCUGGUACCUGGUGCGCGUGCCAUUGGCCGUGCUGCGCGCCCAGCUGCUGCAGCCGCCCGUGCGCGACCUGCUGGCGGAGCAGAGCUACGCGGGCCGCGUGCUGCCUUCCGACCUCGACCUGCUGCUGCACAUGAAUAACGCGCGCUACCUGCGCGAGGCCGACGUGGCGCGCGCCGCGCACCUGGCGCGCUGCGGGGUGCUCGGGGCCCUGCGCGCGCUCGGAGCGCACGCGGUGCUGGCCGCGUCGUGCGCGCGCUACCGCCGCUCACUGCGCCUGCUGGAGCCCUUCGAGGUGGAGUCUCCCGAGCUCCCUGAGGAUCUCCAGCACUGGAUUAACUACAACGAAGCCAGCAGCCAGAAGCUCCGGGCCGAAUCUGGCCUCAGCAGCACCAAGGAUCAGUAACAGGCUGGCCCCUGCCCUGCCCCCGGCCCUCUUCUGGAGGAAGGAACAACAGGGUCCCUGUCACUUAUUAAUUUAUUUUCUACU